AUGUCAGGUCAUCCUCACCAGGGCGACUAUGAUGAUGGCUACGGCCAGCAUCAUGGCAACGACGCCUAUUACCAGGAGGACCAACAUGGCUACCACGACCAAUAUGACUAUGGUGGCCACCAGCAACAUGGAGGCGAGGGCUAUUAUGAUGAAUCUGGCUACUAUAAUGCCGAUGCAUCAAAUCCUUACCACAACGACGGCGGUUACUACGAAGGUCACCAAGGGUAUCAGGACGACUACUAUGACGGCCAAUACUAUGACCAAGGAGCUGCUGGACAGCACUACAACCAAGGACAACGUCCAAGACGCCGCGGCCAUGACUCGGAAGAGGACUCGGAAACGUUUAGUGACUUUACCAUGAGAUCUGACAUUGGCCGCGCAGCUGAAAUGGACUACUAUGGUCGUGGGGAUGAGCGCUACAACAGCGGCUACGAUGGUCAGGGCGGACGUGGGUACCGACCUCCGUCUUCUCAAAUUUCAUAUGGUGGUAACAGGUCAUCCGGCGCCUCGACUCCGAUUUAUGGGAUGGAUUACAACAAUGCUUUGCCUGCCGGCCAACGUUCUCGCGAGCCUUAUCCAGCCUGGACCUCCGAUGCCCAGAUUCCCCUUUCGAAAGAGGAGGUUGAAGACAUAUUUUUGGAUUUGACUUCAAAGUUCGGCUUCCAACGUGACAGCAUGCGCAACAUGUACGACCACAUGAUGACCUUGUUGGAUUCACGAGCUUCGCGCAUGACGCCCAACCAGGCCUUGUUGUCUCUCCAUGCAGAUUAUAUUGGAGGCGACAAUGCAAAUUAUCGCCGGUGGUAUUUUGCUGCUCAUCUGGACCUUGAUGAUGCGGUAGGUUUCGCCAACAUGAAGCUCGGAAAGGCAAACCGCCGAACAAGAAAGGCCAGAAAGGCUGCCGCGAAAAAGGCAAAGGAGAACCCACAAAAUGAAGAGGCUACUUUGGAAGCUCUCGAGGGUGACAACUCCUUGGAGGCCGCCGAGUACCGCUGGAAGACACGCAUGAACAAGAUGUCGCAGCAUGACCGUGCCCGCCAGAUCGCCCUGUACCUGCUUUGUUGGGGCGAAGCCAACCAAGUGCGUUUCAUGCCUGAGGCACUCUGCUUCAUAUUUAAGUGUGCAGACGACUACCUGCACUCUCCCGCAUGCCAGGCUCGUGUCGAAGCAGUUGAGGAGUUCACCUACCUGAACAAUGUCAUCACUCCUCUCUACACCUAUAUCCGCGACCAGGCCUACGAAAUUAUCGACGGCAAGUACGUUCGUCGGGAGAAGGACCACAACAAGGUUAUUGGAUACGAUGAUAUCAACCAGCUCUUCUGGUAUCCCGAAGGUAUUGAGAGGAUCGUAAUGAACGACAAAUCGCGGAUUGUUGAUCUUCCACCUGCGGAGAGAUAUCUGAAGUUGGGCGAGGUAAACUGGAAGAAGGUUUUCUUCAAGACAUACAAGGAGACUCGAUCCUGGUUCCACUUGAUUGUCAACUUCAACCGUAUCUGGGUUAUCCAUCUCACGACUUUCUGGUUCUACACAGCUUUCAAUUCUCCGACGCUGUACACUAAGAAUUAUCAGCAACAACUGAACAACAAGCCUCACGCUGCUGCUCAGUGGUCUGCCGUCGCUCUAGGUGGGACGAUUGCGACUUUGAUCAACAUCCUGGCUACUUUGAUCGAAUGGUCAUACGUCCCUCGGAAAUGGGCAGGUGCUCAGCAUUUGACCAAGCGACUCCUGUUCUUGAUCGGUGUCUUCAUCUUGAACAUUGCGCCCAGUGUCUACAUCUUUGGCUUCUCGCAAACGUCAAAGGUAUCUCUGAUUUUGGGCGUGGUGCAGUUCCUUGUCGCUCUGGCCACAUUCUUCUUUUUCUCAAUCAUGCCUCUGGGCGGGUUGUUUGGGAGCUACCUGACCGGGAACAGUCGUCGCUAUGUCGCCAGUCAAACUUUCACUGCCUCGUACCCUCGUCUCAAGGGUAACGACAUGUGGAUGUCUUUCGGCCUGUGGAUCAUGGUUUUCGCUGCCAAAUUGGCCGAGUCGUAUUUCUUCCUCACGCUGUCAUUCCGAGACCCGAUCAAGAUUCUAUCCUACACCAAAAUCCAGCAUUGCCAAGGAGACAAGAUUCUGAAAGACUACCUCUGCAAGUAUCAGCCGAAGAUCUUGCUCGGAAUCAUGUUCUUCACGGAUUUGAUCCUGUUCUUCUUGGAUACCUAUUUGUGGUAUAUCAUCUGGAACUGCGUCUUCUCAGUCGCUCGGUCGUUCUACUUGGGUGUAUCUAUUUGGACACCAUGGCGAAACAUUUUCUCUCGCUUGCCGAAGCGAAUUUACUCCAAGGUCCUGGCUACGACUGACAUGGAAAUCAAGUAUAAGCCAAAGGUUCUCAUCUCGCAAGUCUGGAAUGCCAUCGUUAUUUCCAUGUACAGAGAACAUCUCUUGGCUAUCGACCAUGUUCAGAAACUGCUCUACCACCAAGUUCCUUCGGAGCAGGAAGGCAAGCGCACACUUCGGGCUCCGACGUUCUUUGUCUCUCAGGAAGAUCACUCGUUCAAGACGGAAUUCUUCCCUUCACAGAGUGAAGCGGAGCGUCGUAUCUCAUUCUUCGCUCAGUCACUGUCGACACCUAUUCCCGAACCUCUUCCAGUUGAUAAUAUGCCGACUUUCACCGUCCUUAUCCCCCACUACGGUGAAAAGAUUCUUUUGUCGCUGCGAGAGAUUAUCCGUGAAGAUGAGCCUUAUUCUCGGGUUACGCUUCUUGAAUACCUGAAACAGCUCCAUCCUCAUGAGUGGGAUUGCUUUGUCAAAGACACUAAAAUUCUUGCGGACGAGACAUCUCAGUUCAACGGCGACUAUGAAAAAUCCGAGAAAGAUACAGCGAAGAGCAAGAUCGAUGAUCUUCCGUUCUACUGCAUUGGUUUCAAGUCGGCUGCGCCAGAAUAUACUUUGCGAACUCGAAUCUGGGCCUCCCUCCGCUCUCAAACCUUGUACCGUACAAUUUCGGGUUUCAUGAACUACAGCAGAGCCAUCAAACUCCUGUAUCGCGUGGAGAAUCCAGAAGUGGUACAGAUGUUCGGUGGCAACUCUGACAAGCUUGAGCGUGAACUUGAACGAAUGGCCAGACGCAAGUUCAAGAUUGUGGUUUCCAUGCAGCGCUACGCCAAGUUCAAGAAGGAAGAGCGUGAAAACACCGAAUUCUUACUCCGAGCUUAUCCAGACCUUCAGAUCGCAUACCUGGACGAAGAACCGCCACAGAAUGAAGGAGAAGAACCUCGCUUGUACUCGGCCCUGAUUGAUGGCCAUUCGGAACUCCUUGAGAACGGUAUGCGUCGACCCAAGUUCAGAGUCCAGCUCUCUGGCAACCCCAUUCUCGGAGACGGCAAAUCCGACAACCAGAAUCAUGCAAUUAUCUUCUACCGUGGCGAAUACAUUCAGCUGAUCGACGCCAACCAAGACAACUACUUGGAAGAGUGUUUGAAAAUCCGAAGCGUCUUGGCCGAGUUCGAGGAAAUGACGACUGAUAAUGUCUCGCCAUACACUCCUGGCUUGCCGCCAACCAAGACUACCCCAGUGGCUAUUCUCGGUGCUCGCGAAUACAUUUUCUCUGAGAAUAUUGGUGUGCUUGGUGAUGUGGCUGCCGGCAAAGAACAAACCUUCGGUACUCUCUUCGCUCGUACUCUGGCUCAAAUCGGCGGCAAGCUUCAUUAUGGUCAUCCUGAUUUCCUCAACGGUAUCUUCAUGACAACUCGAGGUGGUGUCUCGAAGGCUCAAAAGGGUCUGCACCUGAACGAAGAUAUCUAUGCUGGAAUGAAUGCUCUCAUCCGUGGUGGACGCAUCAAGCAUUGUGAAUACUACCAGUGUGGCAAGGGUCGCGAUCUUGGUUUUGGUUCCAUUCUCAACUUCACGACCAAGAUCGGGACUGGUAUGGGUGAACAGAUGUUGUCUCGAGAGUACUAUUAUCUGGGUACUCAGCUGCCGCUGGAUCGCUUCCUGUCUUUCUACUAUGCGCACCCUGGUUUCCAUAUCAACAACAUGUUCAUCAUGUUGUCUGUGCAGCUCUUCAUGAUUGUGCUCAUCAACCUUGGCGCCUUGAGACACGAGACUAUCGUCUGUUUCUACAACCGAAAUGUUCCGCCGACAGAUCCUCUCAAGCCUACCGGAUGCACAAACCUGACGCCUAUUAUGGAAUGGGUCGAGCGUUGCGUUGUCUCCAUCUUCAUUGUCUUCUUCAUCUCCUUCGUACCCCUGGUUGUUCAGGAGUUGACCGAGCGUGGAUUUUGGCGCGCUGCUACUCGUUUGGCUAAGCACUUUGCAUCUGCCUCGCCUAUCUUCGAGGUGUUUGUGUGCCAGAUCUAUGCCAGCUCCAUUCAACAGGAUCUCUCAUUUGGAGGUGCACGAUACAUUGGUACUGGCCGUGGCUUUGCGACAGCACGCAUCCCGUUCGGAGUUCUCUACUCUCGUUUCGCUGGUCCGUCCAUCUACCUGGGAGCUCGCUCAUUGAUGAUGUUGCUGUUCGGUACAAUCACUGUCUGGGGUGCCUGGCUCUUGUGGUUCUGGGUUUCACUACUGGGGCUUUGCAUCUCCCCCUUCAUCUUCAACCCCCACCAGUUCGCCUGGAACGACUUCUUCAUCGACUACAGAGACUAUCUGAGGUGGCUGUCUCGGGGCAACUCGCGGUCGCAUGCCUCGUCUUGGAUCGCUUUCUGUCGACUGUCGCGUACUCGUCUCACCGGAUACAAGCGCAAGGCUCUGGGUGUUCCGUCCGAGAAGCUCUCUGGGGACGUCCCUCGGGCUAGCUUCACCAGUGUCUUCUUCAGCGAGGUUGUCGGUCCCCUGGUGCUUGUCUGCUUUACGCUGAUCCCUUACCUCUUCAUCAACGCUCAGACCGGCGUAACAACUGAUGUCAAGCCACCUACAAACUCUUUGGUCAGAGUAGCGAUUGUAGCCUUUGCUCCCAUUGCCAUCAACGCUGGUGUGCUGGCUGGUCUCUUUGGCAUGGCUUGCUGCAUGGGUCCUGUCUUGAGCAUGUGCUGCAAGAAGUUUGGUUCGGUCCUCGCGGCCAUCGCUCAUGGUGUGGCCGUCAUUAUGCUCUUUGCGUUCUGGGAGGUCAUGUUCUUCCUCGAGGGAUGGGUUUUCGCCAAGGCACUCUUGGGCAUGAUCGCUGUGGUGGCUCUCCAACGAUUCGUCUUCAAGUUGAUCAUCGCGCUCUGCUUGACGAGAGAAUUCAAACACGACACCUCCAACAUUGCCUGGUGGACUGGCAAAUGGUACUCGAUGGGUUGGCACUCGAUGUCCCAGCCUGCACGAGAAUAUCUUUGCAAGAUCACCGAGCUUGGAUUUUUCGCCGCGGACUUUAUCCUUGGGCACAUCAUCAUGUUCAUCAUGUUGCCGGCUCUCUGUGUUCCCUACAUCGACAAAUUCCACUCGGUCAUGCUCUUCUGGCUUCGACCCAGCCGUCAGAUCAGACCCCCCAUCUACUCGAUCAAACAAUCCCGUCUCCGGAAGAGACGUGUCAUUCGCUACGCCAUUUUGUAUUUCAUUAUGCUCAUUAUUUUCCUUGUGCUCAUCAUUGGGCCUAUCAUUGUCCGGAAAUACAUCACUGGACUACCGACCAUUCCUCUCGACCUCGUUCAACCUACCGGACAGAACAACAACGACACGACAACUGGCGUUACCGGUUCGGCUCUCGUCAACUUUGGUCAGGAUGCUGGAACUGCGGCUGCAACAGCGGCUGCCACCACCUCGGCCAACUCCAAUGACCCCUUCAGCUUCGGAGGCGGUGGCGGACGAUUUAUCCGCUGGUAA